AUGGCUGUGGAGCACCGUGCACACAGCGCACGCCGCCGCAGCUCCACACCAUCACGGCCGCUGAUCAAAGUCCUGUUUGAAGAGCUUCCAGAGGGAACCCCUGGCAGGCAGCUACAAGGCUCAACACAUCGCAGUAUUCUGUUCAACAGCUCUGUAGAGAUCCCUGCUCCUCCCGACCUGACCCCGUCUGAGAGAGCAGAGAGCAGGGGGUGGCACAGGAGCAGAGGAGACCAACUAAACAGACCUAGUAGAGGGGGCAAUAACAGACAGUCUGAUUAUUAG